AUGGUCUUCCCCCUCCCCACUCCCCAGGAGCCCAUCAUGGCGACGCCCCCUAAGCGGCGGGCGGUGGAGGCCACGGGGGAGAAAGUGCUGCGCUACGAGACAUUCAUCAGUGACGUGCUGCAGCGGGACUUGCGAAAGGUGCUGGACCAUCGAGACAAGGUAUAUGAGCAGCUGGCCAAAUACCUUCAACUAAGAAAUGUCAUUGAGCGACUCCAGGAAGCUAAGCACUCGGAGUUAUAUAUGCAGGUGGAUUUGGGCUGUAACUUCUUCGUUGACACAGUGGUCCCAGAUACUUCACGCAUCUAUGUGGCCCUGGGAUAUGGUUUUUUCCUGGAGUUGACAUUGGCAGAAGCUCUCAAGUUCAUUGAUCGUAAGAGCUCUCUCCUCACAGAGCUCAGCAACAGCCUCACCAAGGACUCCAUGAAUAUCAAAGCCCAUAUCCACAUGUUGCUAGAGGGGCUUAGAGAACUACAAGGCCUGCAGAAUUUCCCAGAGAAGCCUCACCAUUGACUUCUUCCCCCCAUCCUCAGACAUUAAAGAGCCUGAAUGCCUUUGA